GAGUGAAUCCAAAACAUUGGGGCCUAUGGAAGAUGUAAAAUGUCACCCCUACGCAACACACAGCAUCACUCGGAGACAAUAAAUAAAAUCCUCCAAAGUUGAAUUCAAUUUGGUACUGUGAAUCUGUCGGCAGCGAAUCCACAUCAUAACGUUUGAGUAUUUGAUCCACUUCCUUCCUUUCCUUUUUCUCGUUUGUUUGUUAUAUAAAGCAAGUCACCCUCUUCCCUUCUCCCAGACAUCAUCCAACAAUACCAAGAAAACAUGGCAGCAGCUGUUGUGGGAGCAUCCUCGCCAGUUAUUAAGGUUGCAGCACUUUCUGGCUCUCUUCGAAAGGCCUCUUACAACACAGGCCUUAUCCGUUCUGCUAUUGAAAUAAGCAAAGGAAGCGUUGAAGGCAUCCAAAUUGAGUACGUUGAUAUUUCGCCUUUGCCUUUCGUCAACACUGAUCUUGAGAAAAAUGGCACUUACCCUCCCGAAGUUGAGGCCUUUCGCCAGAAGAUUCUUCAAGCUGAUAGCAUUCUAUUUGCUUCCCCUGAGUAUAAUUAUUCUGUCACAGGUCCACUGAAGAAUGCAAUUGACUGGGCAUCAAGGGCACCAAAUGUUUGGGCAGGUAAAGCUGCUGCUAUAGUGAGUGCUGGAGGAGGGUUUGGUGGAGGAAGAUCACAAUAUCAUCUCCGCCAAAUUGGAAUUUUUCUUGAUCUUCAUUUCAUCAAUAAACCUGAGUUCUUCCUCAAUGCAUUCCAGCCACCACCAAAGUUUAACAAUGAUGGUGACUUGAUUGAUGAAGAGGUCAAGAAUAAGUUGAAGGAAACCCUUCUGUCCUUGAAAGCAUUUACCUUGCAACUUAAAGGAAGAUAUUGAAACAACUUUGAUUCGUCCCUGAAAUUGUUGAAAUAAGCUCUGAACUUUAAAUAUAUUGUUGUGAUUCAGACUCUCCAUGCCUGCAUGACAACUGUGAUGAUAUCUGCAGACACAAAACCUAUUUGUUCUUUAGAACUUUUUUAAUUUUUAUUUUUGUCUUCUCAUGUCUUGGUUUCUACCUUCUAGUUUACUAUCGUUGUGAGUACAAUCUACAAGGUUAUGUUCAAGAUGAUGAAUUUAAGUUAAACAAUUUCAU